CUUGUUUCAUUCACAUUCACGUUGAGUUCUCGAAAUCUCGCAACUCGCAAAGCAAAGCAAUCGAAAUGCGUAUCAAAACAUUGCCGCAAUUCGCUGCAAUUUCACUUUAGUUGGUUUGAUCAGUCAGCCUGUUGCUUUGCAUUGCUACUCAGUUGGUAUUAUGGCUUUUAAUCCAUUGAGCGAUUUACUAGUCAAUUACUCGCGUUUACCGACAAAUUGCUGUAUAUAGUGUGACAACGUGUUGAGUGAACCAUUCUGUGAUUUAUAAAAGUGAAUAAAAUGGAAACAAGACUACAAGGUAAUAAGUUAUGUGUCUAGUCGAGUGGUUUCAAAUUGACUUUUGACGUCACGCGAGGCAGCCAAUCGGUUGGCGCGAAGGGAAAAAUUAACUCUAUAGAAAUACAAACACAUAAGUUUAUGUUACAUUGUGCAAAAUAUGAAAAUGUGUUGAUUGGACCAAAAGUGAACAUAUAAAAGAAAUAUGUUAUUAAAAUGCACUGCAGACGGGAGGCCGAUCAAAGUGAAUGGAGCGGCAGUCAGCCAGGGAAAUGGUGCGAGAGGCAUGAAAAUGACUAUGUCCACGAGCGCGACUAUGUCCGCCCGGGUUCACAGAAAAGUGAUGCGCGCGCCGCACGCGCGUGCGCACCCGGGCAAAAUGGCGCACGGCGGGAAAAUGACGCACACGGGCAAACUGACGCACCCCGGGAAAGUUAAUUACCACCCCGGGAAGAUCGUGCACGUUGGGAAAAUGGCGCAUUUAGGGAAAUUCGGGAAAUUAGCGCACUAUGCGCAGACGCACGCGCUGCGACCGCCCGAGACGUGCGACAACAGCAACGACAGCGGACUCGGACCGGAUCCGGUCAACAGAUUAUCGGACUCGCUGGAGGAAUGGGAUCACCCGGACAUGAAACGCAGGCGAGCGGAGAGCGAGGGGGUUAAGAUAGAAUGCGACGACGCGAACGAUGCGUACGCGUUCCCGCCGCCGAGCGCGCCCGCCGCCGCGCCCGCGCCGCCCGACGCCGCGCUCGAGACCCAACCUCUAGUGCCUGUGCCGGUCUUACCAGUCCCCGUAAUCAGAGCCGGCUGCAGUAUCUCUAGUCCAAGCAUCAACGAAACUCCAGCACCGGUGAAGCGGUUCCAAGAUCCUUACAGAUCCUGCGGCAAGCUCGGUGGUAGCGGGAAGCUUGCUAAUAAAUAUACAAGCGGGGGGAAGCUAGGUGCGAGCGGGAAGUUAGCGGGGAAAGGGGGGAAGUAUGGGGGAAAGUUAGCACAGGUGCUCGCGAGACGAAGAGCGCUGGCUGCGAUGACGCACUCGGGACCGCCGGGGCUGUCGGCGCCGCUCACCAGCCGGUCCAGAGACGGCACGGUCGAGCUCCAGAUCUUGUGCCAGCCGGAGACGCAGCACAGAGCGAGGUAUCAGACUGAAGGCAGCCGAGGUGCUGUCAAAGAUAACUCGGGAAAUGGUUUCCCAAUAGUCAAAUUGGUCGGCUAUGACAAGCCGGCUGUGUUACAGGUAUUCAUUGGCACGGACACUGGCCGGGUGGCGCCCCACAUGUUCUACCAGGCGUGUCGGGUGUCCGGGAAGAACUCCACGCCCUGUAAGGAGAGGAAGGAGGACGGCACCGUAGUCAUUGAGAUCGACUUGGAGCCGGCCAAGAGUUGGCAGGUCACGUGUGACUGUGUCGGGAUACUCAAGGAGAGAAAUGUAGACGUGGAACACCGUUUCGGCGAGUCCCUGAGCGGGGGCGCGGCGACGGGAGCUCACGUAUCUCGAGGCAAGAAGAAGUCCACUCGGUGUCGCAUGGUAUUCCGCACGGAGAUAGUCAACGCUGCUGGACAGCGAGAGACGCUGCAAGUCUGUUCUACGCAGAUCAUUUGCACCCAACCGCCCGGUGUACCGGAAGUGUGUCGGAAGUCGCUAGUGUCGUGCCCGGCCACAGGUGGGCUAGAGCUGUACCUGCUGGGGAAGAACUUCCUGAAAGAGACCCGGGUGGUGUUCCGUCAGCGGCAGGACGGCCGCACUUUGUGGGAAGAAGAAGUGGUGCCAGAUAAGGAGUUUUUGCAACAGACUCACUUGGUAUGUUGCGUGCCGCCGUUCGCACGCACUGACGUCUCCGAAAGCGUGUGCGUGCAGCUUUUUGUCCGAUCGGCGGGCAAGACCUCCGAACCCCAUACCUUCUACUACACCCCUCCAGCCCUAGACACGGGGCCACUCCACUGUACCAGACAUCACACACAAGGUGACGAGGCGCGGCCCGUGCUGAUGUGGGGCGGCGGCGCGGCCAUGAUGCCGCCUCCCGCGCUGCCCGUGAGAAGGCCCUCGAUUAUCGUGCCCGACCCACAUUCGCCUCUAGGACUCAAAAGCGAGGUGACGGACGAGUCGAGUCAGCACUCCCUGAUGGACGCGGGGGAGGGGUCGUGCGGCGCGGAGGGGCCCGAGGCGACCAACACGGGCAUGCUCACGGACGAGCUGAAGGUGGUCGACCUCAGGCUCAAGUCUGAGACCAUCACGAGGGAGGGCCAGCAGGUUGGUUUCGUGGGCGGCUAUGACUCCAUCAAGCUGUCUCCCUCCACUCCGGCGCAAAGCGAGCCACCAUCGCCACUCGCCUCUUUUACACAGCAACUGCGCGCUAUACAUAAUCAGGUCCAAACAGACAAGAUGGUGGAAUCUGUGACUGCUGCCAUCUUCAACUCUGACGAAAACGCCGGACAAAUAUAUCCCCCUAUCAUGGAUCCUAUGAGACAACUAAUCUCUGCCAAAACCAACAUGGAUCCUCUCGAGACUGACAUGAAGGUCCUCAACCCGGAGCUCAUGAUGACUGACAGAAAUAUGCAGACAACAGUGCUGCAGUCCACGAGCGAGCAGAGAAUGAUAGUCUACAACCAAAUGCCGGCGAACCGACCCGACGAAAACUUCAACCCGUUCGGAGCUAUAACCAAAAUGGAGAUGGGGACCACACAAAUUGAGCAAAGACUAGCGCAACAAAGCGCGCAUAUGGAAGCGUUGGUAGAAGACGCCAUGAAGGCAACAGCGGCUAUGUUGCCAGCAGACGCGGCCAAAUUAGACGAGCUGGUCAACUCUAGAGUCGAAGACCACUUAUCAGGCUCAGCGACAUCUCCGUCCACGGCGUCCCACGCUUCCGACGUCCUCCUCAGUCCAAACGCAGCCGUAGUCAGAAACCCGACUGCGGAACUGCUCCCUUCAAUGUCGUCGUCGGCGAUCUCCCCCGACGUGAUUUUAAACCCCCAAGUAUCCCCAAGCCUACUGUGCGACAACAAUCAGCGGAUCGUGAUACCGGCCGCGGGGUCACAAGAUGACCUCAUGAUGCUUCCUGAGCAAGUGCAGCUCACGUCCGUGAAAACGCCGCCGGCAGCCGUGAAGUCGAUGAUUCUGAACGCGGCCGCCGAGAUAUUGACCUCUGAUACGACCAUGAACGCGUUGGUCACGUCUGCUAUCAACACGGCUAAUAUCCUGACGACGGAGAGCGCGAGCGGGGGCUCCGGGAUGCAGAGCACAGACACGCAGCCCCCGGAGGAGCCGGCGGGGAUGCCCGCUGAGACCCCGCUAGUGGCGAUGUCCCAGGCGGUGUCGCAGGCUGUCACGCAGGCGGUCUCUCAAGCCGUCUCCCAAGCUGUCUCUCAAGCCGUCUCCCAGGAGAUGACGGCGCCGGUCCAGGGGCUCACGGACAUGAGCGACCAGGACCUCCUGUCCUAUAUCAACCCGAGCACCUUUGACCAGGUGUAAGUUCACCGCAUUGGACUCCGCCGCUCAGAAACUGAACGCAUUUUAGUGAUGUGUCGAGGGCUCAAAACGCAGUUUUUAUGUGAAUUUUUAAUGGAUGUUACUAUAUAUAGUCGUUAAUGUAGGUUUACUUAGUGUAAUCUCCGAUGGACGCGAGUGGUGACGUCGUGAUGGUUAUAUUUAUGAUUCUCAUAACUAAUAAUUUUAUUGAAUGACGGUGUGUUUCGAGCGUCAAUUAAAUUCAUCAUGUGAUUCAGUAUUACAGGGCAAAAAAAUUUAUACACGUGUAUGGGAUUGAAGCCGCUCGGACAAAUCGAGCCUUAUGUCCUUAGAUGACAUGCAAAAAUGGAGACCAAUUAAAAAAAAACACGAACUGUCAAAAAUAUCGAGUGUACGGGGUGGCUCCAAAA